AUGGAGCGUCUAUGGCUUCUGCUCCUCCCUGCUGCUAGAGCAGUCGUGCAUGAUGCUUACUUCAUUGACUCCCUUCAGAAAAACAACGAAACGUGGCGUGCCGAAGAUGCUGAGAUCAACCAAAAGCUGAAUGCGCUGGAAGCUCGAUUCCGAAAGAAGCCCAACAUCAUCUACAUCUUAGCAGACGACAUUGGCUGGGGCGAGUUGGGAUGGCAGGGUGGGGGCAAGCACCGUGGAACACCCACAGAUGGAUUGGAUGCCAUGGCCUUCGAGGGCAUGCGGUUUUGGUCUUCCUACGCCGAGCCUUCCUGCACUCCCUCCAGAACGGCUAUCAUGACAGGCCGCCACCCUGUGCGGACGGGUCUAUUGAAGGUGCUGUGGCCUGGCCAGACAGACGGCCUCUCGCCCGAGGAGUUCACCCUAGCCGAGGCGCUCUCGGCGGCCGGUUACCAUACCGCCAUGUGGGGCAAGUGGCUUCGACUACGCAUAUUACGGUCUGUUCAAUGGGGCACCGGACAAUUGGACAUGUAUGAGUCCUCGCCCAAUGCCCACCGUGGAAUGUUCUACGACUUCCCCGGCGUAGAGGCGUAUCGAGAAGAGACGGGCAUCGACCUCUCGGAGUGCGCCUUUGUCGGACGCCGCGGAGAGCCGCGGCAGCGACUCGAGGGCCCGGCCGGGACGCUGGGCCCCCGCAGGCAGGAGUACUUCGAAGAAGAGUCCAUCAAUCAGAUCACCAGGUACGUGCAGGAGAAGGCCAAAGACGAGAAGCCCUUCUUCAUCUACUGGGCGACCUACACGCAGCAACUGCAAGGUUCGACACCGCAGAUGAAGGAUCCACAUGUCGACAAGGCAAAUGCACAGGCGUCGAUGAUGGCAGCACACAGCAAGUACGUUACUCGGCUACUGGAGACCUUGAAAAAGGAGGGCAUUGCGGAGAACACCCUGGUAGUUUGGUUCAGCGACAACGGGCCAAUGUAUGCCUUCUUCCCGAACUCAGGCUACUCCUGGCUGCGGGGCGGGAAGGGCACUGUGCUGGAGGGUGGCGUGCGGGUGCCGGCGAUGGCCUGGUGGCCUGGGAUGAUCCAGCCUCGGCAGGAUCCUGUGGACCUGCUCCACCUCACCGAUCUUUAUACCACGGCUGCUCGCCUGGGUGGUGCGUUGUCCCACAUACCCGAGGAUCGCGUCUUGGACGGCGUCGACCAGGCCUUUGCUGCUGGCAAGCUGCGCCCCGAUCAUCGGUUCCUCCGAACUCCGAACAGGUUGGGCGCGAUUCGCCACAAAGACUUCAAGGUCCACUUGAAGGAGAGCAAGGGAGGAUUGCCGAACAUGGAGUUCUACAACGUCAGGGCAGAGGCGCGCGCCUAUGCCGACGAGCAGGGCUUCGCAGAGCCGAGACGACUCUCCGAGCCUGGGCCCGAGCCGCGAGCGGAGCAGAGCCUUGGCUCCGAUUCGAAGCAGCCGGGCAGACAGGCCGAGCACCGCGUCGUGAGGUUGUCAGGGACUGCCGUGACAAUGCCAGAUCGCGCAGUACAGCUCACACCCAAAGCGCAAGGCGUUGAAAGGCUGCUGAUUUGGCUCGAGGGCGGCGAGGACCUCUUCUACCGCAGCUCCCCACUUGAGCGCAGCCUUACCAUCGGGAUCUUUGGGAUCCUGGUUGCCAGCGUGGGAUUUGCGGCCUUCUCCAACUGUCUCGGCGACCGCUGCGCGUCGGAGCGAGCGCGCAGGCAAAGCUUGGCCUCGGAGGUGGCGAGGCUCCGCAGUGAGCUGAGCGUGUACCCAGUGCACCCUGCCUUGGCCUCCGGCGCUUUCUCUGCAGGAGAAGACCUUCCGCAGAGGCCAGAGCCAGAGCCAGAACCUGCUUAUGCCCCCGCUUUUCACCUGCGGGGGGCGGGGGCGGCGGUGAGUGAGAGCGAGGCCGACCUGGGUAUCGACGGAGUGCCAGGAGUGCGUGGAACGCAGUUUGCGCUGCGCCGAGGAAGUGGCGGAAGCUUUGCCAUGGUCCGAGCUUUGGCUUUGGCGGCUCUGGCCUCUCUGGCCCGAGCGCAGAACUGGCCCGCGUGUCAGGAGCAGAACACUGUGAUUCGAAACGCGGGAAAGGCGCUCUUCACGAACCUGCAAGGUUACGGCGCAGUCAUCGGCUGCUUCCUCGACGAUUGCAUGAGCAGCGACAAAUUCGUGGCUAAUGAGAUCGAGUCCUGCGCAAAGGUGUGCUUCUCCUUGCCUGAGUGCACGCAUUGGGUGUGGGGAACCGAGGAGGGUGAGCAAAAGUGCUGGUUCCGAACCGGUGACGAUGGACGGGAAGCAGGCGAGGGCUGGAUCUCCGGGUCCAAGAGUUGCUACCCACCCGGUACGACAGUGCUACCCUUGGGCAACUCCGAGUGCUGGGCCGAGGGCUUCGGCUAUGAGAACUGCUGCGAAGCGAAGUUCGGGCCCAACGGCAAUGCUCAGUGCUGGGAUGGCGUCUACAACUACGACCGCCUGGGACUCUCAAAGAGCACCGAACAAGAGGAUCCUAGAGAGGUAGCCAUUUUGGCACCAGAGAGGUUUUGGUUCAAGCGAUGGGGGCGCAGACUGCAAAGCCGGGAGACUACUCUAAAACAGAUCAUUUGGGUACUCAAUUUGUUGCCAGUUUCGGGGAUGCCCUGCAAGAUGGCGCCCGUGGCGGUUUUGUUUGCGGGGGCCAGCGGGAUCCAGAUAUAUCUGUGCUUGAUUCCUAGGUCCCAUGUUCUUGCUUUGCAUGUUGGGGGGGGGGGGGGUGGCCCGGGACUCGAGAGCAUAUAUAUUAAUAUAUAUAUAUAUACACACACAUACAUAUGUAUAUACACACAUACAUGCACAUAUACAUACACAUACACACAAACGCACACACGUGAUGCGUGCUGUACUUUGUUCCAUCUGUUUGCCAGCUGA